ACUACUUAGAGAUUAUUUUUUAAUAAGAAAUAAUAAAUACUUAGAUAAUGAGAUUUCGAAGUUUUAUUUUAUAUGUUAACUCCUCAAUCAAUGAAGUGUUGAUUUUUUAAUUAAUAUCCAGUACUAUUUAUAGUUCUACAAACUUUUGUAUUGUUUUUAAUGGAAUCUAGAAAUAAUCAUGGCCAAUGAACCUUUGGUAGUACAGGCUGUUUAUUCUUAUAAAAGGAGUAAUAAUGACGAGUUAAACUUUAAAAAAGGUGAUAUAAUAACAGUAACUCAAAAAGAUGACGGUUGGUGGGAAGGUACAUUAAAUGGAGAAACGGGAUGGUUUCCCAGUAACUAUGUAAAAGAAUGCAAAGAUGCACCAAAACCAAUAAUUAACCAACUGAAUGAAUACAAAAGCGUUGUGUUGAAAGACUUGGUGGAUUCAGAGAAAGCCCACGUUACCGAAUUAGAAGGACUAGUUACGAAUUUUCUACAACCUUUAGAAAAAAGUGCAAUUUUAACUACAGAUGAAUACAAACAAUUGACCGGUAAUAUAACCGAGGUAUUAGAAACGCAUCAGCACUUGUUGAACCUCAUCGAAAUAGAAUCGAAUAAACCAGGAUGCGAUCAAAGAGUUGGAAAACUGUUUCUCAAUUGGGCGCCCAGGAUAAAAAGUGUACACCAAGCUUACUGUUCCUUACAUCCCAAAGCCGUCUGCAUUUUGGACAAAUACAGAGAUGAACUUACGAAAUACAUGGAAUCGAAAGGUGCCGCCAGUCCGGGCGUACUGGUUUUAACCACUAUGUUAAGUAAACCGUUUAGAAGACUGGAUAAGUAUUCGGGAAUGCUGCAGGAAUUGGAAAGACACGUAGAAGAAUGUCAUCCGGACAGAGGUGAUACCCAGAGAUCAGUUAGCGUUUAUAAAGAAAUUGCAGCGACUUGUUCAGCUACGAGGAGACAAAAAGAAUUAGAACUCCAAGUACUAACAGGUCCUGUUCGUGGAUGGGAAGGACCUAGUUUAACGACACUAGGGGAUAUUAUAUACAUGGGUUUAGUAUCCGUUGGACCUCAACGCAACGACAGAUAUUUCGUUCUAUUCCCAACCACUUUAUUAAUUUUAAGUGUGAGCCAUAGACUGAGCGCUUUUAUUUACGAGGGGAAAUUGUACCUAUCCGGUUUAACGAUAACGAAAUUAGAAAAUAACGCUUUCGAAAUUAGCGCCCCCAUGAUCGAUAAAAGAGUGGUGUAUUGUCAAAAUAAAGAAGACGCUGAUCAUUGGAUUGAAUUGUUGAAGAAACAAAUGCCCAGGAGUUCUACGGCUUCUACGGUCAGUCAAAAAAUGGGACCUUCACAAGCGCAGUUCGUUCCUCAACCUCCACCACAUCUGAAUCAGAGAGGUUACUGCAACCGUUCGUCCGUGAUAAGUUAUAAAACGCCCAACGAUAAUCGCCCAAUUACGUUACCGCCCGAUCACUACCCGUCCGCGGCGCCUUUCGCCGCCCUAACCAAAUAUUUCCAAAAAUUGAUCAAACAAAAAAUAAUAACGCGCAAAUUAUUAAAACACCUCCUCUAUUCCGAACAUCUCAACAAAAUGAAUUUGAAUUUAGUGAAAAUAAGACACCACAAAACCGAAAUCAGUAUUUACACCAAAGACAUACAUUGUAGAGACAGCGUAAUACAUUGCGAAAGCGAUACCGACACCGACAGUUCGAAUAACACCGACAAAACUAAAAACUACGAUAGUUAUUCGAGUAAUUCGAGCAAUCCCUUCGGUUACAUCCGAUAUUACAAUCCUCGAAACGAAGACGAAUCGAAACCGCCCAGUAUUUUGAUUUCCACGGCCAGUAUACGAUUGCAAAAACAAUCGUCGCAAGAUUCGGACGGAAGCGUCGUAGUACGUAAACCGAAACCGUACAUGGCGUGCGAAAAUAUACCGAAUCUAAACGACAGUUUAGAAUUGACGAAUCUAUCGGUACAACAGGAAUCUUAUUUACCGACGACCAGACAAAGUUGUCCGACCAAAUUAGUCGGUAAUAAAUUUAAUAAAACUAGUUUAACUACGAUAUAUAUACCGCCGUGGUCGAAUAACGAUACUAAUAACAGUACCACUCAUUCCAGUACGUUAGAACUACCUGUAAACACCCUUCCAAUACCGGAUAAAGUACUGGCCGAAAUUUUGUACAAUACCCCGAAAGAUGACGAAGAAAAUUUCCUAUUAAAACCUCCGAGUAUGUUCGACGUCAAAAUUGUGCCGCAAAGUUUGAGUUUGAAUUUAGAUAACGUCGGUUUCCGUAAACACAGCAUCGAUUCCGAUAAACCGAAAAGAAGAAGCAGCUUACAAAUAACUCCUUCGACGCAAUCGUCUUUCUGUCGUUGCUGUUCGGUAUAUUAUCACAGUCCUAGAUCGUCGGACUCCGGUAUGGCGGGUAGUUGUACUUUAAAUUCUCCCGAUUCGGCGAAUAAUACCGCCGAAUCGGUUCGAGUUCGUUGUAGUGUCGAUAUGACGAAUCUGUUCGAUAAAUGCGAAGAUAAACGCGACGCUUUAUCGUUGAGCGAAUCGAUAGCUAGAGAUUACGAAGCGGAAUGUCAAUGUACUUCGCCGUUCGGUUCGACGCCACGUACUUCCGGUCAGGAUUGUAUCAACGAAAACGUCAUUACUAAAUCGGGGGAUGGUAUGAGGAAAUCGCAAUCGAAAUUGUAUUUGAUACCGCAAAAAUCUCAAUCUAUGGAUAGUUUAUUGGAUAAGGAAGAGGGGGAUGAUGGAAAUUCUCCUUUGUUCAAAUCUGGGUUGUACGCGCAUUGGUGGUUGAAAGCUAAAAUACCGGCGAGCGUUGUUAAAGGGAUUCGCAUCAGUACCCGACAGAAUAAUACAGGCAAGGGCAUGAUUUUAAGUGAUUUUUGUUGUUGUUUGUUGAGAUUUUGCGCUAACUUUCUAACCGAAUCGCUUGGGUACGUUUGGCCCUUGCCUGUACAUCAUUUCAUAUUUACUAAACAUAAGCUUCCGAUUUAA